AUGAGCUCCCGCAAGCCUAUUUCGAUCCGUUGCAAUAGGCUUGACCCCAGAUGCGACAAAUGCGAUGCUGUCGGGGCAGUAUGUACUUAUCUGCCGCGAAAACAACGGUCCACCAAGCGAAGGCCGCUAGACGAUAAAAAUGUCCUCUCCGAAAUCCUUAGGCGACUCGAGCGUCUAGAAGAUCACUGUAUGAUCGACUCAGACCUAGAUCAGCCAGCAGAUGCAUCUCGUUCAAUGUCCAUCGGCUCGGAAGAUGACACAUCCCCAAGCGUUCCACCCCGCGGCAUUGAGUCUCCUCUGCCAGCAGCACAGGGCGUAGCUCAGACUAUUUUGAGGGGGCUAAAGGACGAAAAUACUAGGUCACUUCUCAGUUCCAAUGUGUUUUGUCACCUCAAGACCGUGGAGUCUCGCUUCUGGGGGAACGAGAAGUGCAUCCAGGCCAUAGAGGUCGCCAUGCGAGAGAUCUCGCAGUUGGAGAACGUAGAAACCGCAAAGCCAAAGGCUUCCCCUGUCAUCACAAAAGAAACAGCACACAAAUGGAUAGAAUUAUAUUAUGAGGCGUACCAAUUCGAGGGUUUCCGAAUUCCCUUUGAAAGAAAUUUCAUCCUCUCCCUCCCGGAUCUCCUUCACAACCCACAUGUUCAACUCGACCCAACAAUACGAAUUGUGUAUUACAACGUCCUCUUUCAAGGGUUUUUGGUGGACCCGGACCCCUAUCCCAACAGAGGCGCCAUCGUGGAAUUCCUUUGCCACUCCUGUAUGGAGCUAACGGAAAGCUGGCUAGCCCAGAUUAAGAAUACCCCGGCUGACUUGUUCGCUGCCUUCUUUAUGAUGUCCAUGUCUCUUGAAGCUUGCAACAGUGAACUGUCCUGGAGGAUUGUGGCCCAUGCUUGCACUAUUGCUCGAGCUCUUGGAUAUUUCUCUGUUGAUGCCGACCAACCAACACCCAGACAGCAAAUCUUGCGACCAGGCGGUCCCCUUGAUCCUAAAAGUGAGAUCGAGAAGAACAGGAUGCGCUUUGAAUUUUGGCACUUACUACGAACGGACUGCGUAUUCCGCUUGUCCUUUGGUAAACCAGCGCUCAUUGCCGACGGGUCUUGGACGGUAAAUUUUCCGGAUCCGAGUAUCACUGGAGUUGAUCACGCAUCCACCCGGUUCAUACAAAUCCAUUUCUUUGCUUCCAUGCGUCUCACGUUGGUUCUGAUAAAAUAUUUGGACAUGGUCGAUGCGGAACCCGACGUGGACACACCCGAGUACGAUAGGACAAUAGAUGGUCUCAUUGCCGAGGUCCAAACCAUCAUGUCCGACUGGUCGCCGGAGGAACUCCUUACUACGACUACGAACCGCAUGGAUACCUGGUUUUGCGUGGACAUCCUAUUCAGCAGCUACAAAAUGCUCAUCGUUUUCUACCAAGCGAAGAAAUGUAACCAAGAUAGCCAAUUCCUACCAUAUCACACGGUCGACAUUGCACGGAAGAGCCUUCAUAUGUCCCGGUCCCUCAUGUCGUCCUCUACACACCCAUAUUGGGGUAUCAGUCUCAUCCUUCUCCAUCAGUUUGUUCCAUUAUUUAUUGUCUCCAUGAAUAUGAUCGGAUCUCCGGAGUGUGGAAAUGCCGAAGCCGAUCUCGGUCUAGUGUCUUGGUUUAACCAAUUCGUCGAGACGGCGGCCCAGGAGCGAGGGGAGCUCAAACCAUUGAGUAUCAUAAUGAAGGCAAUGGCUAUAGCCUCUCAACACUCGGUGACAGGCUCACAUUGAUGCUGUAUUCAAUUCCAAGGUUUCGUCUUGGAUUGAAAGGCUGAAAUCGAUAUGAUGCCGUCAUCGAACUGUUUUCUCUGGGACGAAACCAGGAGGCUAUAGGCCGGAUUAUAUAUAGUACUCAGUAUAUAUGAGACUUCAAUGCUUUCGUCCUCCUGGGUCAUAUUCGAAUGAUAUCUCCCCCAUAUCCAUUCUCAUGGAAUGAACUUCCCGCUUUGUCAGCGGCGCGCUAGUACCAUAUCGGGAGAUCAGCCUAUCAGC